AUGAUUGUGGAGGAUAAGUGUGACUACGAUGCUCCAGAGGUGUUUGAACCCGAUCCCAUGAACACGUCAUUGACAAGAAUAUAUGAAAGGCCGAUUGGACCAAAUGGACUACCCCUAGAGCCCGAACUGUUAUUUCGGUAUGGUCAAUUCAACAACCCCAUGAUUGAUCGGUAUGAAGAAAUGCAAUCUACAUAUGUUCACGAGAUACUUGGUCGAGCACUUGUGGGAGAUGAAAGGCAAUCACAAUGGAUGAAGUCAAGAUUAGUGCUUUGUUUGGAAUUAUGCUUUGUUUUUAAUUAG